AUGAACGGUAUGCUGGAGAUUCGUAUUUUGGACGCAGACAUCUAUGUUGUUGUGUAUGCGGUCGACGGCGAAGCGUCUUUUAAGGUGGCCAAGACCAUUUUCAGACAGCUCCACGAAAUUAAAAAUUCGGACAAUAAAUUGCGACUUCUCUACCUUGUGGGCAAUAAAACCGAUCUGGUUCGAUGUCGGCAGGUUACAACUCAAAGAGGCCGAAAAUUUGCUGUGGCGAAUGGAGCCACAUUCUUCGAGGUGUCUGCGGCAAUCAAUCACUUGGUGGACGAAUUGCUGGUCGACAUGGUAGUUCAGUGGCGAAAAGAAAUCACUCGGUACGAGUUCACUCGUAUAGGACUGCCGCUGCAUGAUGCCGUGUCCGAGGAACCAGAAGCCUCUGCUUCCGGUUGCGAAAUCCAUGGACGUCGCAGCUGGGCCUUGACGUUAAGCAAUCCAAAAGACAUGCUAAAACGCUUUUUUAAACAGCAAUUCACAGCAAAAUCUUGUACAGAUCUUCAAAAGUCUUAA